AUGGUGUUAAAAUGUCCAAAGCUCAAGCUCAAUAUGGAGCGAAAGAAAAAGAAUCUGUUGAUGGGAACUUUGUGCAUUAUUGGAGCAGUUCUUAUUCAUAUGACUUUCGGAUACUUCUACACAAUAGCAAAUAUGGUUCCAUAUAUCCUUAGUUAUAUCAAAGCGUACGUUGACCCAAAUAUUGAAACUAAGACAUCUGUUUGGCUCUCAGCAUUGGCUCUGGCUUGCCAAGGUGCAACUAUGGCACUCGGUGGUAUUGUGCAUGAGAAAGCCGGUUUUCGUGUGGUUGUGUCAGUAAGCUGUAUUCUUCACAGUGGGAGUGUCUUUUUAACGUACAUUACAAUUCAGAGGUCAUAUAUUGGCGUAAUUAUAACAUAUUCAGUGCUCAUGGGUUUGGGUCUUGGGUUUGGAUACUCUGUAGUGAUGGCUGUAGCAGCUAAAUGGUUUCCCAAACGACGAUUUCUGGUCGUAGGUUUAGUUGUUGGUGGGUUUGGAUUGGGAGCACUUGUUUUUACACCUAUUCAAACAGCCAUUAUAAACCCGAAUAACGUUCCUGUCAACAAAGACACACAUCUCUUUGAUGAUCCUGAUGUCCUGCGUCGUAUUCCUAAUGCAUUGCUUAUUUUGGGUGGAAUAUUAUUCGCGGCGCAAGUAA